AAUGUUCUAGAGUCUAUGCUUCCUAUCUUUCAGCAAUGUGACCCUUUGAACAAUAAUGAUCAUCCUGCGAAACGGCGCAAGGUUGUUAAGAAUGAAACUAAGAGUCUAAGCCGAGAAUAUGGGGUCUCCUCAACUGGAAUUCCUGUUGGGUUCAUACCAUUGGCGCGACUGAAAUUACGCAUGAAUUUACCAGAAGACUUUACGCGCCAACAUUUGCCUGGAUCAAGCCUCCCUAGUAAGAUCCCUGUGGUCAUCCAGGCUCAAAUCAUCAAUGUGCCUCAAGAAGACCUGGAAGAUGGCUCGGGUGGCGAGACCUCCUCCGUCGUCCUUAAGAUCAUCAAUCUCGAGGCAGAGGAACUGCUGUCAUAUUCAUGCGAUGAUCCCGCGCUGUUCGACCUGUUUGAUCAAAUUCAACUCGCUAGUCGCCUCGCCUCCGCAGAUCGGUUCUCGAACCGUGUUCCGACAGCCUGCUACCAGGCGAGUUUAUCUGGCUCUCCAGACGAAGGAUGUCUCCAUCUGGAGAUAGUUGUUUUAUGGGUAGAUUCUCUGGAGGCUCCAGAUAUCAAACACUUGUCACUUCCAGUCUUGGAAGUUUUCACAAAGUACGUCCUCCAGGAGGAGUACUCCCGCCCGUCAAACUCCACCGAAGAGCGUGAACUUCGCGAAGCAGUGCUUGGUAUUUCUCGAGAAUGGACUCCCCGAAAAUUUUAUGAGAGCGUUCACGUCCCAGAGACCAAAGACAGCGCAGCGGAAAAUAUUAAAUGCCCUGACAUUGAAUGUCAGCUGUUCCCCUUCCAAAGGCGAGCAGUUCGGUGGCUGUUGCAGCGAGAAUGGAAGGACGUUCAGCAAGAUGGCAAAAUUGUCUGCCUGCAAAAGCCCCCAAAAAGCGCCCCGCCGGCGUCUUUCGACAGUCAGAAAGAUGCCGAUGGCAACAUCUAUUAUUUCAGUCAUCUAUUCAUGACUUUGACAACCGACACAUCGCAGUGGCAUGAUGCCGCUGAUCACUUGCGAGGUGGUAUUCUUGCAGAGGAAAUGGGCCUGGGGAAAACAGUCGAGAUGAUCGCGUUGAUCUGCUUGAAUCGCCGGGACAUGCGCAUCAAGGCUGAUCCCGAUGGACUGAGGCCUUCCGGUGCCACAUUGAUAAUAACACCACCAGCCAUCCUGGAACAAUGGAAACAAGAGCUUGAAAAGCAUGCCCCUUCUUUGAAUGUUCAUCAUUACACCGGUGGCUUGAAGCGCGGAAAGACACAAGUCCAAUCCGACGAUUCAAUGGUCGAUGAGCUUGUCGGUUAUGAUGUUGUUUUGACCACCUACAAUGUCAUUUCCAAGGAGAUCUACUACGCCGGUGCGGUUCCAAAGCGAAAUCUGCGCCACGAAAAGAAAUUUGAACAUAGAAAGACACCUCUGGUUCGCAUCUCGUGGUGGCGUGUAUGUCUAGACGAGGCCCAGAUGGUCGAGAGCGGAGUCAGUCAUGCAGCGCAAGUAGCUCGCGUGAUUCCCCGAGAGAUUGCUUGGGCUGUAACUGGUACGCCAUUGCGAAAGAACAUAGAUGACCUUUUUGGCCUCCUUGUGUUCUUGCAUUACGGUCCGUUUUGCUAUUCAAACCCGUUAUGGAAGAGAUUGUAUUCGAGAUUCGGACCUAUUUUGGUCGACAUCAUCGGGACACUCGCUAUUCGGCACAGCAAAGAUAGUGUGCGUGAUGAGUUGCGCCUGCCGCCGCAAAAGCGUAUUGUAAUCACCACUCCUUUCACACCGAUAGAAGAACAACACUAUGGGCAAUUGUUCGAAAGUAUGUCCAUUGACUGCGGGUUGGAUGCCUCGGGGGCUCCGCUUCGAGGGGACUGGAACCCUGAUGAUCCCAAGACCAUCGAAAAAAUGCGCAUGUGGUUGAGCAAGCUUCGCCAAACGUGUCUCCAUCCUGAGAUUGGUGGAAAUAGUCGCCGAGCUUUAGGUGGAAGUGGUCCAUUGCGGACCGUGGAUGAGGUUCUAGAAGUCAUGAUUGAGACAAAUGAUGCGUCCAUACGUUCCGAAGAGCGCAUCCUUCUUCUAUCCCAACUUCGACGAGGUCAGCUCCUUGAAAAUGCAAAGAGGCGUCAAGAAGCCCUCGAUAUUUGGCUGAGAGCAUUAGACCGUUGUACGGAAAUGGUCAAAGAAAGCAGGGAGCAAUUGCGUCUGCUUCAAAAAACUGACAGCGACAAAAGCGGCGUAAAUUCAACAGAGGACGUCGAAGAGACAGACAAAAACAGCCGCCUCGGUCAAUGUCGACUGAAGCUCCGGGGUGCACUUGAGGUCCAGCACAUUGCAGUGUUCUUCACUGCAAACGCAUAUUAUCAGAUCAAGAGCGAUCCUAACUUGACUCAGUCUGGUUCAGAUGAGUUCAAAGCGCUUGAAACGCGCGAAGAAGACGGCUAUGAGGCUGCCAAGGUCAUUCGCAAGGAGAUGCUGACUGACAUAUCCCGAAAGGUUGAGCGUCACAUGGAGACAAUCAAGGAAAAGGCUCGAAACAAACAGUUUGUGAUCAUCCCGAAAAUGAAGCCUGAGAUCUACAGCAGGGGAAUUGAGGCCUACAAUCUGCUCUGCAACUUUGAAGACCUGUGUGAAGCUCUCAAUAAGAAUGCUGAAAAAUACAAAGAAUGGCGUGACAUUAUGGUCAAACUAGUCUCGCAGUCACUUAUUGACCAGGAAGAUGAAGCAGAGCUGGAGGGUAAUGAGUAUGAGCGGUCGACAAAACAUCAAGACGAGAUGUAUGUCUAUAUGGAAGGUUUGCGAACGAUGUAUGCCGACCGACAUGAUUGUCUCACUGGCCAAAAGAAUGUCCUCAUAUCCUAUGAAGUCAAAGCGGGUAUCGCCCAGGCUCAAAAGGGUGAUGGUCCCUCCCCAAAGCUCUUCCUCGAGAUCAUGAACACCCGCAGUGAGCUCAAGCCUGAUCCCGAAUUCGGAUCACUCCGCAAGAUUGUGAGUGAUCUUCGCAGUCUUCUGGGUACGCUGUAUUGGUCGUCCAACUCUGGAAGUUCCCGUGCUCGCGCUGAACAUGAAGUGGUUGAGUUGGUCUUGCAGAACGCAGGCCAAAUGCUGGCCGAGCAAAUGAAGGUAUCGGCCAAUUUGGACAGGGAAGUCGAAAUGUUUCGCGACGCUAUGAACAACAGGCUGGAGUAUUAUCGUCAUCUGCAGCAAAUUUCUGACACAGUUGCGCCGUACGAUGAAGAGAGUGCAGGUCAACCACUAGAUGAGGAUCUGUUUGCUGCGAAGCUAGCGCAAGAAGAGCUCAUUGAAGGAAGAAUCUCUACUUUGAAGUCCAAAGCAAGGUAUCUCGACCACUUAAGAGGCGAUUCUAGCUCCGAUCCCAACGCCAGGACCUGUAUCAUCUGCCAAUCCUCUAUCGAAAUUGGUGUGUUGACCGUGUGUGGCCAUAAAUAUUGUACUGACUGCCUGCGAUUAUGGUGGCGUGCACACCGAAGUUGUCCAAUGUGCAAAAAGAGCUUAAAGUACAACGAUUUUCAUCAAAUCACAUACAAGCCACAAGAUCUAAUUGCCCAAGAGGAAGACUCAUCUGGCAAACUCGACGCUGGAAGGCAUUCUCACAAUGCGAUCUACAGUGACAUCAGCUCUGGACUUCUUAAAGAAAUUCAAAAUGUUCAUCUAGAUGGCUCUUUCGGAACGAAGAUUGACACUUUGGCCCGACACAUCAUAUGGCUGCGGACACACGACCCCGGCGCCAAGUCAAUCGUUUUUUCUCAAUACAAGAGCUUUUUGGCAGUAUUGCAGAGUGCUUUCGCUCUCUGUGGAAUUCAAAGCACUAGUGUUGACACCAAGGAUGGCAUCGAGGACUUCAAAAAGAAACCAGCUGUUGAAUGUUUCUUGAUGCACGGCAAAGCGCAGUCAUCCGGUCUGACUUUGAUCAAUGCAACCCACGUCUUCCUGUGCGAGCCACUUAUCAAUACAGCAAUCGAACUACAGACAAUUGCUCGAGUUCAUCGUAUUGGUCAGCAUCGUCCCACGACAGUCUGGAUGUACCUAGCCUCCGGCACCGUAGAAGAAUCUAUCUAUGAAAUCUCAGUUACUCGACGAUUGGCUCACAUUGUUGAGAAAGAGAAACGGACAGCCCCUGCUGGCGGCAGUGGUGCCAUCAUUAACGACCUGACUGAAACAGCUAUUGACUCCGCCAACUCUAUGGAAAUCCAAGAUUCCUCACUUGGGAAAUUGAUGGCAACUGGCUCCGCGGAAGGAGAAAUUGUGAAGAAGGACGACCUCUGGCAAUGCCUCUUUGGAAACACCCUCCAAAAAGAUGGCAAUGAUCGUUCAACGGAGGCCGAGAGAGAGGUUGGCCGGUUCUUGAGAGGAGAGGCCGCUGAGCAGAGAGCGGAGGAGUAA